GUGAUGCACUUUUGUGGGAAGGUCCUGCCAGAGCACACAGACACCCUCGCAUCAGCUCAGAGGCAAACAAAGAAGAAAACUGCCUUUGGAAAGUGUCUUUACUGUAGCUAGAGAGCGUUAAUGACCUGGCGUGAUUGAUCGCGCACAGCAACUGGAAGAGUUUACUGGGCGACUGUUAAAGCGGGUUUCGUACUGUAUAUUUAGGAGAGCUCUUGUUUCAAUGGUCCUUUUCGCAGUCUUUAUGAGUUAUGUUUUUAUCUUAAGAUGCUAAACGCAUUUUGAAGUGUUUUACCCCGGACUUUCCUGUAACAUGUGUAAAACUGAUUGACUUGGGCAAGCUGUAGAUUGGAUACGGUUGGAUCGUGCGAUUCAUAUAAUAGUCAACUUCUUCAGACCUCUCGAUGAUAUUCUCAAAUCUCAAGACAGAUUAAUGGUUUGAAGGGGAGGGAGAAUUGCAGUGGGAGACUGAAGCUGAUAUCCCUCUUGAAUGAUGCCCAUAGACAGACUCGCAGACAUGGAGGAGAAACUUCGUAUUUUGGAGGACCUUAAUAUGAUAUACAUUCGUCAAAUUGCCCUGAGUUUAAAGGACAGUGACAUUCAGAAGAAAAUCGACUAUGAGAUCCGGAUGCGUGAAGGGGCGUGUAAGCUGCUUGCUGCAUGUUCUCAGAGGGACCAGGCGCUGGAGGCCUCCAAGAGUCUCCUCACCUGCAACGCCCGCAUCAUGGCCUACAUGUCUGAGCUCCAGCGCAUGAAGGAAGCGCAGGUCAUGCAGCGGGUCGCGCGCAGGUCUUCUGAUGCAGGACCAAUGGAUGACCGAUCCCCAUGUAAAGGCAAAGUAGCCAUUUCAGAUCUUCGGAUACCUCUAAUGUGGAAAGACACUGAGUAUUUUAAGAACAAAGGAGAGCUGCAUCGGUGUGCUGUCUUCUGUCUGCUGCAGUUGGGUGGUGAGAUCUUUGACACAGACAUGGUGAUGGUGGACAGGACCCUCACAGACAUCUGCUUUGACAACACAAUUGUCUUUAACGAGGCAGGCCCAGGGUUUGAGCUGCGAGUGGAGCUGUACAGCUGUUGUUCUGAAGAGGACUACUCAGCAGGCAGCGCAUCGCGUAAACUGGCCAGCAAGCUAAGCUCGUCUCUGGGCAGGUCAGGGGGAAAGAAAAUGAGGGCGGCCAUGGACCCUGGAGCCUGUAGCCCCACCAGCAAUGGAGGAGGAGCGACAAUCCUACUGCCUGUACCCUCUGUACCGGGGCCCAAAUAUCACCUUCUGGCUCACACAACCCUCAAUCUCGCUCAUGUCCAAGACAGCUUCCGCACACAUGACCUCACCAUCACAGGAAAUGAGGAGUGCUCUUUCUGGUUGCCUCUUUAUGGCAGUGUAUGUUGUCGUUUGGCUGCCCAACCUCAUUGUAUGACACAACAGAUGAUGAGUGGCUGCCUAAGAGUCAAACUCGGAGGUGAGCCACAAGGCUGGACAAAUGUCUAUGGUGUCUUAAAAGGGACAAAUCUCUUCUGUUAUCACCAAAAAGAAGACAUGGAGUCUAAGGUGGAGCCCAUCUUAACAAUUGGUAUUAACAAAGAGACGAGAAUACGAGCAGCAGAGAAGGACCCUCACAGCAAGGCACAGAAUAUCUGUAUCACUAACCAAUAUGGAGGAGAGGAGGUGACUCACACACUUGCGGCAGACAGCAGAGAGGACGCACAGUGCUGGAUGGAAGCAUUCUGGCAACAGUUCUAUGAUAUGAGUCAAUGGAGGCAGUGCUGUGAUGACUUGAUGAAGAUUGAGCUGCCUUCACCACGGAAACCUGCCAUAGUCACACCAAAGCAGGGCUCCCUAUACCAUGAGAUGGUUAUUGACACCUCUGACGACAUCGGAACGGUCACUGACAUCCUGGCGCGUCGUAUUAAAGAUUUUGAGCUGAGGUCCCAUCAUGCAGCGCCGCCUCACUGGAUGUCCUUGUUCGAAGAAGAUCCCCCAAGAACUCCCCUCAAUCAUCAGCACCGCCGUAUCGCGCACCUGCCCCCACAAUCGCCCAGCCCUCGCCUGCACAGCCGUCAACCCCGGAGCCCAAAGUGCUACCGAACGCCCGGUAUUCUCUCCUCCAAUGUCAGCCUGACGUCAGACAGUGACAGCCUGGCCAGUGCCAGCCCCUGCUUCCGCCAGGCAUGGUCCUCCGACAUCCCUUGUUCUUCCAAUCGCAUCCGCCCCAGAACCCUCUCCCUGGACGCCAAGCUCUCCACUCUGCGUGGUCGAGGUUAUGGCGGCUUCCAGUGCACCUGCCAGCCUCCGUCCACUGGCUCUAUGUCUACUCGACCUACUCAAACUGCCCUGUCCUGCUCCAGUUCAACUUCUAGCAACAGCUCCAGCGAGGGAAGUAACAGCCAAGAGUCAGACCUGGGGUUCUCCAGACCAUCCAGUGCUCGCCGAAGCCUCAGGAAUCUGAGAGUCAAGCUGGACCCUAGGAACUGGAUGCAGAGUCAGGUGUAGCUUUCAUACUUCCUCCUAUGUAAGAACUUUACUGGUGUAUCAGAGCCAUCAAAUAUUCCUGUGUCCCCCUGGAAAGAACUGGGAUUCCUGAGGUCAUGUAUGCUCAACGGCCAUCUCUAUAGGUCCAUACAAAUCAAGUGAAUGGUAACCAGACCUUUCAAGCUUCAGAAAUCAAAUAAAAUCUGCAUAACAGUAAUCCAUAUGACUCCAGUGGUUUAAUCAACAUCUUCAGAAGUGAUAAUAUAGGUGUGGGUGAGAAACAGAUCAAUAUUUAAAUAUUUUUUGUAUUAAUGUAUAUUUGUAUAAAUGAAAGUGAAAGUGGAGGUUGUCAAAAGGAUUGAAAUUUGUAUCUGUUUCUCACACAAAGUGAUUGCAUCACUUCAGAAGAUAUUGAUUAAACCACUGGAGUCGUUUGGAUUACUUUUAUGCUGCCUUUAUUUGAUUUCUGAAGCUUGAAAGGUCUAGUCACCAUUCAAUUGAUUUGAAUUGACCUUCUGAAAUCUUUGUGUUGUGCAGAAGAAAGUCAUACACAUCUGGGAUGGCAUGAGUGUGAGUAAAUGAUGAGAGAAUUUUCAUUUUUGGGUGAACUAUCCCUUUAACUUCAUAGUCAUUUUAGUGCACUCACAAGAAUGGGAAUUAUAUUUAACAAAUUUGACUUUGGACAUCCAAACCCCACACUCGUAUGUGUUUCUUGAACGUUUAAUAAAAAAAAAAAAUCUUUAUGGGGCAUUGUCAUGAACAGAUAAAGGCCCUCCCCAAACUGUCACCACAAAGUCGGAAGCACAAUUCUCUAGAAUGUCAAUGUUGGCGAUUCUCACAAAACCAGUCAAGAAAAUGUCCUGGUUUUAUUUUACUUCAAAAUCAAAAGAAACUAUUUUGCAUAUAGAAAAUAGUCACAAUGCCAAAAAUCUUAAUGGUCCUAAAUGUAUGUCUAAAUAUGCUUUUUGUAAAAUAUAAUUUCAGAUUUUUGAGAAUGUUUUUGUGGUUAAAUAUGACAAGCAAGUUUUCUUGAUAGGUUGCAUGUAAACCCUUGUAUGGUGUAGCGUUAUGAUUUGUCUUGCCUGAAAUGACUGGAAUAACCAAACCCAUUAAUUAGAAGGGGGUGGCCACAUACUUUUGGCCACAUAAUGUAAAUGGACCACAAAGACCGAUGCUUUGCCAUGCUAGACUGUUCUAAAGUUCUGAGGAUUAAUCAUCACUAACAUUAAAUACUUGCAAAUAUUACAGGUUCAACUGAUUGAACUGAAACAUUGUUUUAAUAGAUAAACCUACCAUGUGUGAAAGCUAUCUUAUCACUGAUAUGAAUUCCAACUUAUUGAGUGACACUGCACAUUAAGAAUUUCAACUUGCAAGAAGAAAGUCUUCUAACAGACGGUCAUUAGUUUAAAUUAUGUAUCAUCUGUUCCUCGUUGGUUAUGUGAAUAAGGACAUUGCCAAUGACUGACUUUCUUUUAAAAUCAUUCAUCACAAAAUGCUCUUUGCAUGGCUUCAAUGUAUAGUAUAUGCAAAGAUGCAAACGUCUCAAAACUCUAAAUUACAUGGGAUAUAAUGUGACUCUGUUUACUAAUAUUAACUGUGAUGACCUCAGGAAUACUGUACAUAAGUUAUCUCACUCUGUAAAUGUGAACCCUAUGUUGUCAAUAGAUCGCCAUGAAUCUCAUAAAGUUAAACAUUAUUAAACACAUUAACCACAAUUCGACACAAGCAAUGAAAUAUGUUUGGAAUUUCGGGUUACAACUGGGUGCUUUGUUUUAAUGGUGCUUAGUUUUGAGCUAGUGCAGUAAAAGCACUGUGUGAAGGUUUGCAAAGGCACUACUAUGCAAAGCUACAACAGCUCAAAGUAGAUCAUUUACAUGCAGUAAUUUAAGCUUGCAUUAUUUCCUCCUUGUUGGUUUUAAAAUGCAUUAUGUGGUUCUAAAAUGUGCAUUUCAUGCCUAAGUCUCUGUGUAAAGUCUUUCAGAUCUGGUCAGAUAAAUUGUCAGGUUUUACUUGUUUGAAGAGGCCAAUAUUUAAAAUAUUAGCACUAUUAACAAUAAUACAAGUCUAGUUAGGUAACCAUUAUAGUGAUAUCAGUAUAACGUCAGGUGUGGUUUUACAAUCUAUCUUGUCAUAACAAAAAUAAUGUAACAUUUCUGAUAGUUUAACUUUAAUGCAGAAAGAUUAUCUGCAUAAUAUAUGAGGUAUUCAAACAUGUAUUAUAUGUUUGAAUUGAGAUAAACAAUUACAGAUGUCAGCUAUUUUUUUUUCUUCAUAAUAUCAUCUAUAGUGUAUUAUAAAUGUCAGACAGGUGGAAGUGUAGAAAAUAUGGAUGAGAUUAAACUUAAAUUCAGAAGUUGUAGAGACUAGGUUUGUCUUAGUACUGUGAUGACACUGACUUCAAAAUGAACAGUUCUCAACUGGUAAAAGGGACACUGAGUUGUAUUUAAAAAAUCUGUAAAUUCAAUCAAACACUUUUUGUGUUAUUGUAAAGUUUUGUAAUUUACAAUUAUAAUUUUGUUCUUUUACUAAAGUUGUAUUUUACCAUAUUAAUUUUUGUCAAAUAAAUGUAUAUUGACAUAUUAU